UUCUGAUACCGACAACUUCUUUCGAUAAGCAAUUUGUGCCGGUGAUUCUCAGUUUUAAUGUUUAGUAUCAAUCGUCAACGAAAGAAAUGAAUUUUCUGACAAUAUUUCUCCUCGCUGUUUCUGUGCAAUUUUGCUUGUCUUUCGAAGACACAGAAGACUUAACGUUACACAUUAACGAUGGAGAGAUUCUCGGCCGGUACAUGACAUCCGAAUCGGGUAGGGUCGUUAAGGCAUUCAUGGGAAUCCCAUUCGCUAGUCCGCCUGUGGGUAAUUUACGCUUCAGAGCACCGCAAAGAGUUGAACCCUGGAACGUCACUCUUUUGACACAGAAUGAACACCCGAAAUGUCCGCAAAUUGACACGUUCUUUGGUGGGGCAACGCCUACCAUCGAAGGCGAAGAAAACUGUUUGUUUUUGAAUGUGUAUGUGCCAGAAACGAGUACUGGUGAACCGUUAGAUGUUCUUGUGUGGAUUCAUGGUGGAGCCUUUGUCUUGGGUACAGCAGGAGUUUCAUCUUAUGGACCUGAUUAUUUGCUGGAUCAUGACGUUAUAGUGGUAGCUGGAAAUUAUCGACUUGGUAUGCUAGGAUUUCUAUCCACCGAAGAUAGAGUUAGUCCCGGCAAUUUCGGAUUAAAAGAUCAGUCCUUUCUGCUACAGUGGGUGCAAGAGAACAUCCACCACUUUGGCGGUAACAAUGAUUCAGUAACGAUAUGGGGAGAAUCGGCUGGUGGAGCGUCCGUUCAUUAUCAAAUGAUUUCCCCAAUGUCUCGUGGCUUGUUCCACAAAGCAAUAUUGAACAGUGGUACCUUGAACAAUGGUUGGUGUGAUCCGGCACGAACUGGGGUAGCAAGGCGACAAGCAUUCAAUCUCGCAGAACAUGUCGGUUGUCGGACAAAUGAUACAACCACCGAAGAAAUUGUUGAAUGUUUACGGGGCACAUCGAUACAGGAUAUUUUAAGUUAUAGUGCGUCAGCUCCAUUCCCGGUUGUUGAAAAUUUCGAAGCUGACGAGAUGGCAUUCAUUGGGGAACGGAAUUUCGAUGAUCUUCACUCGAAUUCAGUAGAAAUACCAAUGCUGCUUGGCAUGAACACAGAGGAGGGACUGUUGAAUAUAGCCACACCCCUAAGUAACAGCUUGGUCCUCGACAAUUUAAUCACGACUUGGGAUCAAACUUUAGCGAGUUCGUUUGGCUUUGGCCAUUUGAGUGGGAGUGAACAAGAAGCAGUGACGAACAAGCUUAACGCUUUCUAUUUCGGAAGGGAAACAACCCCAACCAAUCAACUGGACAGAAACCACCUAGUUGACCUAUUCACUGACGGCGGAUUCAUCGGAAUUGUAGAAACUAUUCGGCAUCGGUUGAGCCAUAGCAACCACAACCACACAUACGUUUAUCUUUACACUCAGAAAGGAACAGCCGGUUUUAGCGCAGCAACUGAAUUCUUUGGAACAUCGCACGCAGACGAUUUAAUUCCUCUUUUUCCGAUGCGUAAGGUAGCAUUUUACAGCACAAUUCCAUCGGAACAUGACAGAGAACUUACCAGACUCAUGACUUUGAUGUGGACGAAUUUCGUCAAAACUGGCAAUCCCACACCCGACAGUACAGCGACACCGAUUUGGCCGCUAGCCACACAUUUUCCUCUCGAUUACAUGCAAAUCGGAAACGAAAACGGAAAGUUCGACAGUCAAAUAUUACAACCGAGAGUGGAUUAUUAUUCGCACAGGGCUAACUUUUGGAUGGAACUGAGGGACGAGCAUCGUAUCAGUUCUUGGUUACAUGAUUCAUCCAGCAGCGCUGGUCGUUACUCAGUAUCACUGGUUGGACUACUGUUGACGAUGAUGUGCAUGCAUUUUGUAUAAAUCUACAAAUUUUGUGAAAACGUCUACGUGUAGCCAUACAAUUUUUGAUUGAAGUAAGUUCUGUGUAUUUAUCUGUACGUUCGAUGAUAAAUAAAAAGACAAAAAUUACUUCAAAAAACAUAAGACAAUCGGCAGUCUUC